AUGGCCUGGGGUCUUCCGACUUGGCUGGGUGGCUCUGCCUCCUCCAAUCCCUCGCUACCACAAUCAUCGAAUCUCCCUCCACGAUCCAAAGACGGCGGAUACGUUGCUCCCGACCGCACCUCUCGCGAACAAUGCUACGAGUCCCGCGAUAUUUUCUUCCAAUGCCUGGAUCGGCACGAUAUACUGGACGCCGUCAAGGAGGAUGAGAAGGCAAGGAAGGUCUGUCCGGCAGAGGUGGCGGCUUACGAGAAGGAUUGCGCAAGAAGCUGGAUCAAAUACUUCAAGGAGAAGAGAGUCGUGGAUUACAAACGAGAUCGCACGUUAGAGCAGAUUGCAAAAGAAGAUGCCCAGGCGGCUGCAAAGGCAAAAUCCGAGAGAAAAGGCAAGUCAUGGUUUGGGUGA